AUGGCAUCCUCUAAGGAUAUAUCAGAUCCCAUGGUGGCAUCACACGUUCUUAAGGAAGGAGGCGUGAAGCCUCAUAUCGAUAUUGAUCUUCGAGUCCUACCUCUCCUUUUCUUCAUGUACCUGUUCAAUGCUCUAGAUCGAAAUAACUUAGGUGCUGCCAAGACUGAUGGUAUUGAUGUCGACCUCGGAUUCACCAAACAUGAGUACAACAUCCUGGUCUCUGUAUUUUACGUCCCAUACUGCGCCUUGACUGUGCCAGCAAACAUGUUCACCCGCAAGCUCUCAGCCAGGUGGACACUGCCCUGCUACCUCCUCUUCUGGGGAACCACCGUAAUCCUCUCCCCAGCAUGCAAGAACUUUGCCGGUCUCGCUGCUCUCCGGAUUCUUCUGGGUAUGGCUGAAGCUGGCUUUGGAGUCGGCGGUUUGGCCAAGAGAAUCGCCCCGUUCUAUGGCAGUCAGACCUUUUCAGGAGCAUUCUCUGGUUUGAUUGCCUUUGGUUUGUUCCAGAUUGAGGGAUCUUUGCAUGAUUGGCAGUGCCUUUAUCUAGUCGAGGGUGCUCUGACAAUCACUAUUGGGCUGAUUGCUCUUGUCUUUCUACCUCACCCCCCUCACAAGGAGUCCUCAUUCCUUACAGACCGGGAGCGAGAAAUCUGCCGUCUCCGAUCCCUCCGCGAUGCCUCUCAAGCUGUGGGAUCCAAGUUUCAGAUCCGCGACUUCUUUGCCCCCUUGAGAGACUGGAAGCUUUGGGCCUGGGCUUUUAUCGCCUUCUGCUUUGGAGUUACCAAUGCAUCUGUCGGAAACUUUACGCCUCUUAUUGUUGCCAAGCUUGGCUACUCGGCUGUCAAGACCAACCUGUACACUGUUCCUCCCUACAUGGUGUCUGCUGUUCUUCUCUUCAGCACUGCCAUCAGCUCGGAUUACUUCCGUGAGCGAACAUAUCACUUGCUCUCAGCCUUCACACUUUCUUGUACUGGCUUCAUCAUUAUUGCCUCGAUUGAUGUCGAGAGCCAUAUCGGCGUCGCCUACUUUGCAGUCUUCCUCAUUGUCGGUGGUUGUUUCACUCCAUCUAUCGUGUUUCACUCGUGGCACCAAAACAACAUUCUCUCCGAAGACAGGCGCGCGUUCAACAUUGCCUUCAUCACCUUCUUCGGCAACGCAGCCGGCCUCGUCUCGAGCAACGUCUUUACUCCUGACAGUGCGCCAAAGUACAUUCCUGCUUUGGUGACCAACUAUUCUUUCUUGGCUGCUGCAAUCAUCGUAACCAUUCUUAUGAGGCUGUGGAUGCAGAGGCAAAAUGCUCUACGAAACACGGCCCAGGGCGUCAACUGGACGAGCGCAGAUGUGCCGACUCAUCUGCUACUGGCUGGUGCUUCUGAGAAUCCUCACGAGAACCCAAACUUUAGAUUCGUGCUGUAG